AUGGGAAUAGUCUCUUUGUCCCUAGUUCUUCACAGCCGACUUGUUUCACCAUACCAUUCUCAAACUAGACCAAUUCGUCUUAGUCAAUCUAAUUGGUUCCAAGCUCCAAUCCCAGCAAGAACCAAACACACUUCUUUAUCAAUCAUCAGAGCUCAAUCUGGUGCCCGCAAGGAGGAAAUUGUCAUAGUUGGCGCUGGAAUCGCCGGCCUUGCCACCGCUCUAUCUCUUCACAGGCUUGGAAUUGGAUCAUUGGUGGUAGAGCAAGCAGAGUCACUUCGAACCAGUGGAACUUCUCUCACCCUCUUCAAAAACGGUUGGAGGGUUUUGGAUGCACUUGGAGUUGGAGACGAUCUCAGAAACCAAUUUCUUGAAGUUCAAGGGAUGGUAGUAACAACAGCUGAGGGGAAUGAGCUACGCUCCUUCAAGUUCAAAGAGGAAGAUGAAAGCCAAGAGGUGCGUGCCGUAGAGAGGAGAGUACUACUUGAGACUCUUGCCAAUCAACUGCCCCAAGGGGCGGUCCGUUUCUCUUCAAAGCUUGCAAAGAUUGAGAAGAUUGAAGAUGGAGAUACUUUGCUGCAACUUGUGGAUGGUACUCAGCUAUCUGCUAAGAUUGUAAUUGGCUGUGAUGGGAUUCGGUCUCCUAUAGCUAAGUGGAUGGGGUUUCCCGAGCCUAAGUAUGCAGGGCAUUGUGGUCUUCGUGGCCUUGCAUUCUUUCCUGGUGGCCAUAAGUUUGAACCAAAACUGAAUCAAAUCUAUGGAAGAGGGCAGCGUGCUGGCAUUGUUCCUAUUUCUCCUACAAAAGUCUACUGGUUUGUCUGCUUCAACAUGCCAUCUCCAGGUCAAAAAAUCACUGACCCAGCUGUGCUGAAGAAGCUAGCUAAAGAACUGGUAACAAACUGGCCUUCAGACCUAUUGGACAUCAUAGACCAUACCCCGGAUGACACAAUCAGUCGAACACCACUAGUAGACCGGUGGUUGUGGCCAUCCAUCAGCCCUCCGGCUUCAGCCGGAAGAGUUGUACUGGUUGGAGAUGCAUGGCAUCCGAUGACCCCCAAUCUUGGACAAGGCGCUUGUUGUGCUUUGGAAGAUUCAGUAAUUUUGGCGCGAAAGCUUGCAGCAGCGAUCGAGUCAGGACCAGCAGCCAUUGAAGAUGCUCUCAGCUCAUACGGAAGUGAAAGAUGGCCUCGAAUCUUUCCGCUAACCAUACGGGCAAACCUCAUAGGGUCACUACUGCAAUGGGAGAAUCCUGUUGUGUGUUCUGUCCGGAACAAUGUCAUUAUCCCAAAGCUUGUUAAGCUAGGACCAAUGUUGGAACACACAAAUUUUGACUGCCAACCCCUACAGAAUCAAGUCGUGUAA